GGAACAUAGACGAGACGAGACAAGGAAGAAGAAUAUGCCGGCCGUCUUUAUCUAGUUAGAGCUUUUAAAUUUAUAGGUCCAUUUUAUCACUUUUAACUUGUAAUUUAGUCGCGACUUGCGAAGCGAGCGAAGGUCAACUUAAAAUGUCGACGGUUGGUAAGGUCAUUAAGUGCAAAGCCGCGGUUGCCUGGGGCCCAAAAGAAGAUCUUAAAUUUGAGACCGUGGAAGUUGCGCCUCCUAGAGCGCACGAGGUUCGAAUAAAAAUCCUUCACAGUGCGGUGUGCCACACGGAUGCAUACACCCUCAGCGGUCAAGACCCCGAAGGAGUGUUCCCGGUCAUCUUAGGUCACGAAGGGGCCGGGAUUGUGGAAAGCGUUGGCGAUGGCGUUACGAACGUCAAACCGGGUGAUCAUGUCAUUCCUUUAUAUGUUCCGCAAUGUAACGACUGCAAGUUCUGCAAGUCGCCCAAAACCAAUUUGUGCCAGAAAAUUAGGGUGACUCAGGGCAGGGGGGUCAUGCCAGACGGGAGUAGCAGGUUUACAUGCAAUGGAAAAACCGUAUUCCAUUUCAUGGGCACCUCAACCUUCAGUGAAUACACUGUGGUCGCCGAUAUUUCAGUAACAAAGGUUAGCGAGGCGGCACCCCUCGACAAGGUGUGCUUGUUGGGGUGUGGGGUGCCCACAGGCUAUGGAGCCGCCCUCAACACUGCCAAAGUCGAGAAAGGCAGCAUCUGCGCGGUGUGGGGCCUCGGCGCCGUCGGUCUUGCGGUGGGACUCGGCUGCCAAACGGCCGGGGCUUCCCGGAUAAUUGGAGUUGACCUCAAUCCGAGCAAGUUCGAAGUAGCCAAAAAUUUCGGAUUCAACGAGUUCAUUAACCCGAAAGACUACGAGAAGCCGAUCCAAGAAGUACUGAUAGAAUUGACCGACGGCGGUCCGGAUUACACGUUCGAGUGUGUCGGCAACGUCCACACCAUGCGGGCCGCUCUGGAGUCGUGCCACAAAGGGUGGGGCGUGUCGACCAUCGUGGGCGUGGCGGGAGCGGGACAGGAAAUCAGUACGAGGCCGUUCCAAUUGGUGACGGGGCGCGUGUGGAAAGGGACCGCCUUUGGCGGCUGGAAGAGUCGGGAGAGCGUGCCGAAACUGGUGGACGAAUAUCUCGCCAAGAAACUGAAGCUGGACGAGUUUAUCACGCACGUCCUCCCGUUCGAUAAAAUUAACGAGUCAUUCCACCUUAUGCACAAGGGAGAGAGUAUUCGCACGGUGUUGAAUAUCGCCUAGGAGAUUAUGGCACAGGGCACCUCAGUUACCGAAUUUGUCUAAUUUUUGCAAAAAUAAAAGGGUCGCGGAAAAUGGCACCGGCUUAUUAUUUGACCUAAGAUUCCCAAUCAAUCUAUUAAUUGA